UUGAUUAACUCAACUUAUAAACACUCCCACUUCUCUCUCUCUCUACAACAUUUGAUAUAUUCUUUUCCCCUCUUCUCUAUCUCAUGGAUUCCAUUUCCAUUUUCUUGUAUGGCCUCCCUGUUUUUUAUCUGUUCUUCAUGAUAUGGAAGAUCAUAAAUAAAAAAAGGCACCAAAAUUGUUACAUUUUGGAUUACCAAUGCUACAAACCAAGCGAUGAUCGAAUGCUUAGCACAAAAUUUUGUGGAGAAGUAAUUAGGAGAAACAAAAAUCUUGGACUAAAUGAGUACAAGUUCCUUCUCAAAGCCAUUGUGAGCUCUGGAUUAGGGGAACAAACAUAUGCACCAAGAAUGGUCUUUUAUGGUCGUGAAGAAUGUCCUACUUAUGAUGAUGGUAUUUCAGAAAUGGAUGAAUUUUUUCAUGAUAGUAUUGACAAGCUUUUCAGGAAAACUAAAAUUUCCCCUCAAGAUAUUGAUAUAUUAGUGGUAAAUAUCUCAAUGCUUGCUACUGUGCCUUCAUUAUCUUCAAGAAUUAUCAAUCACUACAACCUAAGGGAAGAUAUCAAGGUAUAUAAUCUCACUGGGAUGGGGUGCAGUGCUAGCCUUAUAUCGAUAAAUAUCGUACAAAACAUUUUCAAGAUUCAAAAGGAUAAAUUAGCACUAGUGGUGACAUCUGAGUCUUUAAGUCCAAAUUGGUACUCUGGAAAUGAUAGAUCUAUGAUUCUUGCUAAUUGUCUGUUUAGGUCAGGUGGUUGUGCAAUACUUUUGACAAAUAAAUUGUCUUUAAAAAAUAAAGCUAUGUUCAAGCUAAAAUGCCUCGUUAGGACACACCAUGGUGCAAAAAAUGAGUCCUACAAUUGUUGCAUACAAAAGGAGGAUGAUCAAGGUAGGAUAGGGUUCUAUCUUGAUAAAGCUCUUCCAAAGGCUGCAACAAGGGCAUUUGUUGAUAAUUUGAAAGAAAUUGCUCCAAAAAUUCUUCCAAUUCGAGAGCUUCUUCGAUUCGCGAUUGUCUCAACUACUCUGAGGAUAUUGAGCAAGAACUUGGUAAAAUCUGGACCUCGUCGCCCGGUGAUCAAUUUCAAGACAGGUGUGGAUCAUUUUUGCCUUCAUACCGGAGGAAAAGCAGUUAUUGAUGGAAUAGGUACAAAUUUGAACCUAAGUGAGUAUGAUCUGGAGCCAGCAAGAAUGACUUUGCAUAGAUUUGGCAACACUUCUGCUAGUAGCCUUUGGUAUGUUCUUGGUUACAUGGAGGCUAAUAAAAGGCUAAAGAAAGGUGAUAAAGUUUUUAUGAUUAGUUUUGGUGCAGGGUUUAAGUGUAAUAGUUGUUUAUGGGAAGUUGUUAGAGAUUUGGGUGAUGGAAACGUUUGGGAAGAUUGCAUUGAUAAAUAUCCACCAAAAACAAUUGCAAAUCCUUUCUUGGAAAAAUAUGGUUGGCUUGAGAAUGAAGAUCCAAGCACCUUUUAUAUUCCAGAUGACUAUGUCAUCCCUUGAUCUAUUUCUUCUUUGU